AUGGGAGAAUUGAAUUUGGAACUUGGAAGGAAUUUGGAGCACGGAGCAGACAACCGCCGCCGAUUUAUCUUGAAUUAUACGGGCGCUAUUGAAGAAUUUCAACGAACGAAGAUCCAAAUAUUUGGUCAGCGGUUGGGCAGCGAAUACCUGAAUAGAAAACUAGAAAUAGAAGUGGCCGACAACAUUUUCGAAUCAGAUAUGAGGGCAGUAAGAUUGGAGAAGGAUAGAAAUAUCACUGAAGAAGUGGAAAGUCAUGAGCCCGAACAAUGUGACACAGUCCAUGCUAUGACAGAAAUUCUUGUAUCUUUUGAAAACAUCUCACAAAAAAUCUUACGUUCUUUCACUGCGAACCGCGCAAAAACAAUCAUUAUUGCGUUCGAUCAUUACGUUUCCCCAUCAAUAAGAGAUGACGAGCACAUAAUGCGUGGAAGAGUAGAGGGAAAUCGUUUUACCAUCAAUGGACCUCAGCAGAAACGAUCAUCGAAUUUUAAAAAUGAUUUGAAUAAUACUUAUUUCAAGGAAGCGUUGUUCGAAGUCAUUGAUAAUAAGAUUGUCAGAACAGUGGAAGAAGAUUUGUCAUGCUUUGAACAUUUGGAAGCUGACUCUAAAAUUAGUUUUCACGUCUGCCAAUUGAAUUUCGAUGCUCAUGUAACGAUACGAUGUUCAGACACAGAUAUAAUUAUUGUGAUUAUGCUCGAUUGUCAAGAAGAUGCUGACGGAGACGAAGAGUCAUCAGAUUAUGACGACGAUCGACGAUGA